CGCGCUCCGAGCCACCUCGCCACCGCACCCCUUUCGCCAUAUUUUUCAGAACGAAAAAAGGGGUGAGGCACGUUUGGGACGUGGAAGUGUGCCCGUUCUGGUAAUUAACGGCGGUGGUUUGAAGUGGUCUACUAGCAGGGUGAACCUUUUGCUGAAUGACUACAUCACAUUUUUGACAUCUGUACCGGCGUCUGGGCAACAUACAGAUUUUUACAGAAUUUAGCAAGUUGGUCAGUUGGUCUUCCCUUUCAAGAUGGCGGCAAACAAACCUAAAGGACAAAACUCCUUGGCUCUACAUAAAGUUAUCAUGGUCGGUAGUGGAGGAGUUGGUAAAUCAGCAUUGACAUUGCAGUUCAUGUAUGAUGAGUUUGUGGAAGAUUAUGAACCUACAAAAGCAGAUAGCUACAGGAAAAAAGUGGUUUUGGAUGGAGAAGAAGUUCAAAUUGAUAUCUUGGAUACUGCUGGACAAGAGGACUAUGCUGCUAUUAGAGAUAACUACUUCAGAAGUGGUGAAGGCUUCUUGUGUGUUUUUUCCAUUACAGAGUUAGAGUCUUUUGCGGCAACAGCAGAUUUCAGAGAACAGAUUUUGAGAGUAAAAGAAGAUGAAAAUGUUCCCUUUUUGCUUGUGGGAAACAAGUCAGAUUUAGAAGACAAGCGUCAAGUUUCUGUAGAAGAAGCAAAAACACGUGCUGAACAGUGGAGUGUAAACUAUGUAGAAACAUCUGCAAAGACAAGAGCAAAUGUUGAUAAGGUGUUUUUUGAUUUAAUGAGGGAAAUCCGUGCACGAAAAGUAGAAGACAGCAAAGAGAAGAAUGGGAAAAAGAAAAGGAAAAGUCUGGCCAACCGAAUCAGGGAAAGAUGUUGCAUUUUAUAAUGAAACAGAUAGGUUUAUAUUCUGAUACCCUUCCUUUUACUAAACAACUUAGUUUGUUAGCAUGCCCUUCAGAAGGCUUUCAGAAACUCAAGUUCAAGAUCAUGGGGGACUCGCAUACAUAUGGCUUUAAGAAACAAAAAAGUAGAAAAAAUAAAGUUAAAGCAUGAAUUAGGACCUACUUGGGAAGGAGCAGCCUCUUUUGAAAUGCUGUUGUGUAAGGUGAUUGAAGAUGCAGCACAGUCAAGUUUUAUCAUGGGUUCCAUUUUCUUUUAGGUUUAAUGCCUGCAUGUAGUAGGCAAUGUCUGUCUUAUCCACUGGUAUAUAAUCUUGCACACUCCAAAAUUCUCUUAACAUCCAAUGCCUUGGUUAGUUAAAUGAAUGUGAAAAGCAGUUUACUUUGUCUCUUGCUGGUAAUAUUUUGAUAUGCAAUUUGGUAAACGAUAAGCCAGACAUUGUUUUUACAUUGUUCUUUUUAUGUGUGUGUCUUGUAUUCUUAGAUAAUUUGUCUACCUAUUGGCACUAAUACAAUAACAAAAGCCUUUGUAAAAUCUGUACAUAGAAAUAUUUGACUAUGCCUUAAUUUAAAAACAAAAAAACCCUGCAGGCUAUAAUGCUGGUAGUGUGAAGUGUGACAAUUUUUAUGCAUAAAAUGUUGAAUUGUUUGCAAGUGGUUUCUGUAUGAUCAUCCAGUGUGUGCCAUAUACAAAUACCCAAGGGCUUUCUUGCCAAGCCCUGGUAGCUGUAUUUUUCUUGUGAUUCUGUUUACAGUUCGUUACCCCACAAAGCACAUCAGUAUACCUAUCAGUGAAUUUGUUAAAGUUAAAGAAAAUGAGUCAGAAGGGGAGAAAAAGUUGAUUUUUCAAGUCUGUAGCAGUCAUUCACAAGAGAUUUUAUUGCAACUUUCUUAUUCAGAUCAUUUCAGUUAUGUAGCCUGUGAUGGCUAUAGUUCUAAAAACAGUACAGUAGUAUAAAAAAUGCUUAGCACUGGUCCUAGUGAUCCAAUGCAAGCCUUUUGCGUUUUAAAUAUGAAUCAUCUUUUUAAAUUCUGUAUAUAUAUAUAAAUAUAUUAGAGUAUAACAAAAAACAAACCACAUAUCUGUUUUAGACCUUUAUAGUUAAACUGUACAAAAACUAAACAUUUUUGAUUGGACCUUAUACCUUUGUAUUUUUCAUUUGACACAUUUCUAGAGUUGUUCUUGGAACUAUGCGAUGUAAAUGAAUCCUUCUCCUAAUUUUAUUGUAGCUAAAUGUCUAGUACAAAGUAACUAUUUCUUUAAAGAUGCAUUACAGCCUAAACAUACUGUCAUAGUUUACUUUUUUAAAGUGAAGUAUCCCUAGCAGUAUGGAAAGCAAAAUACAUUUUAUAGCAUUAUCAUUUCUUAUUGUAGUGGCAGGCAGAUUCUGAAGUAAACUUUGCUGCCUGCUUCAAUGGCCAGUGUAAAGAUUUUAAGUUAGUUUCCAAAGUCUUUAUUACUCCAUUUGUAAUCAAUGCUUUUUGUGUGUGGCUGAACAAAACAAAAAUACAUUUAAGUUGUUAAAGAUGUACUAUUAUUUUGACAAACUUGACUUGUGUUCCAGAUGAGAAAGUAAUCAUGAGUGCUCUUACCAUUUUGAAUUAGGAAACUAGUCAUUGCACUGAUUGAAGGUCAGUUGUGAUUUGCAUAAGAUGUUUUCAUCAGCACUUAAGAUGAGUUUUUU